AUGGGUAUUACCGACUUCUUCACCGACGUCUGGGAGACGUUUGCCAACCCCGCCGCCGACGCCGACCAACCGCCCGUCCAAGGUGGCAGCAGCACCCAGUCACCCGCUUCCGGCACCGACGAGGAGAGCAGCGAAGAGGCCGAAGUCAACAAGCAGGAUGCGGCCAAGGGCGGUGACUCGGGCGAGCAAGGACACAAGCCCACGGGCUCGAUGAAGGGCGAUGACGAUGAGGAGGAGCCCGAGGAGGAAGAGGAAGAGGAGGAGUCGCCAGACCCAAAGGAAACGCUUGAGAAGGAGUGCGCCGAAUCCAAGGAAUGCCACGGCCCCAAGCACCACUACGACGAGUGCGCCCAACGGGUAACAGGCCAGAUUGAGAACGAUGGCAAGGCUAAGGAGGACUGCGUUGAAGAAUUUUUCCACCUUGCUCACUGCGCAUCCCAAUGCGCCGCGCCCAAGCUCUUCGCUCAGCUCAAGUAAACGUUACCAGAGAUGGCCAGACCGAUCCGCCCACGACCCCACUUCUUCUUUCAUAUACCAGAUGAUUGUGUGUGCGUGGGCGGCCAUUCGGGAUGCAUGGAAUGAUCAAGGCAUUAUGGAUGACUGUAAAUAUCAUAAGUCAUGUUUAGAAUAUCACUGUACUUCUAUC